UGACACUGACUUCAGUCGUUGAUGAGCGCGAGAAAGAUGCUGGUGGCUCUGAUAAUCCUUCUAACGGGUACCUACACAUCAGCCUUUAUUGGAACUGGACGAGGAACUAAAAGAACAAACAUGGCAGACGUUUCAGUAAAUAUGAAUAUCCUAACUGAAUUUUCAAACGUUUUUAGUGGCGUCCAAUGCGUUGAUCUCUGUCUCCAGAAUGAGGCGUGUGUGUCUGUAUUCUACAGACGGCAACACCGGCGGUGUCAGCUCCACGACGUGUUGUUCAUGUCGCCGCAGCAUGGAGAACAAGAGACGGGAACAGUGUACUACAGCGUCACAACAGGUGAUUGUCCAUCUGGCUACGUCCACAACCGUCUCCUCAACUUCUGUUACCAGCUUCAUCAGGAGAAGAUGACGUACGGCAAAGGUCUUGCUGACUGUAAAUCCAGAGGAGAACACUUUGUUGUUAUUGACAGUGAGGCCAAGCAGAACCACGUCGUCAAGCAGAUCAACUCGUCACCAGUCAAGCAGUAA